AUGUACUCAUCCAAAGCCAGCCUCCAUGCUCCUGAUGGUCCCCGUCCUAUUACUGCAUCUCGUCAGAGUUUGCGGCUGAGCACGCAAAACAUCGACGAUGAGAUCCAGCCGGCCACGGCGGAGAUGUACUCAUCCAAGGCCAGCCUCCAUGCUCCUGAUGGUCCCCGUCCUAUUACUGCAUCUCGUCAGAGUUUGCGAGUGAGCACGCAGAACAUCGUGGAUGAGAACGAACCAGCAACGGCUCGCAUAUAUUCCUCAAGUGGAAGUCUGCAUGCCCCUGACCGUCCUCAAGCUCUCACCGCAUCCCGUCAGAGUAUGCGGCUAAGCACGCAAAACAUCGACGAUGAGAUCCAGCCGGCCUACGGCGGAGAUGUACUCAUCCAAAGCCAGCCUCCAUGCUCCUGA